UUUUUGUACUUUUUAUGCAGUUUUUCCUGCAAAUCCAUAUUUUCCUGCAAAUCUGUAUAUAGUCAUUGAUCUGCAAUUUUUUCUUAUUUAUAAUUUGAAAGGUAUAAAGGAAGUAGUGAGUAUGCAAAUAUUAAACACAUGAUUUUAUUGCUUUUAGACCCAACGUACAUUGUCUUAAACUGUAUACCACAUGAUGUGACAUCUUAUAGUAGUAUGAUAUUUUCAAGUGUUAUGGUUACAAUUAUUGUUGUCAAAUAUGUGAUCUCCUCUGAAGAAAUCAACUGUUCUAAAGUUUCGUUCAAGCCAAGCCAGCUCAACAUUUAAACACGAAACAAAUGCUAUGUGAAAACCUAGUCAGCAUGUUUGCCCAGAUGUAGGACCAUAGCUUUGCUGGCUGGAUAAUGUAGUCCUUUAUCCCAGAGUUACGCCCUCUCGCUCUCUGACAUCACAACAAGAAAAACCACGUAUCCCGGCAUGACAUUCUUCUGCCCUUCACUUACCCAAUGGAUGCUCGGUGCGCUUAAUCGGUGACAGUGACCAAUGAGGGUGGGGGGUAAUCUUUUUAUUCUUGGAGUUCCAUGAAAACAGUUACUGCAGCGCAAUUUACAUACGUUAGUUUUGUAACCUAGUGUGGGAUGUGAUUGUGCGAUCUUUAAAGUAUUCACUUUGGGCAUCAAGUGGUUGACAUGAUCAACAGAGACUGAUUCCAGGUUUUUGUCAGCACACAGGUGAAAUGCUGUUUUCUAGCCUAUUCAUUAUGUUUCUGAAAGAUGACGCGUGGUGUUUUAGUCGAUAGGCCUGCGAACUGUUUAAUGUUUGAGUUUGAAAGUAGGCCUGAACAAAAAAUGUUAGGCUACGUAGGACCAACUAAUCUAUAGCUAUCAUAGUCAACUGAUCUCACUGUAUUUUUUCAAUUAAUUAAUAAUCGAUGAGAUCGAAUCAAUUACCUAGGUCAUGUUAGUAUGUCUCUGUUGUGUCAUUAUGAACAAAAUGGUGUAAUUACCGACUGAACAGAACUGAUUUGCCGGAUGAAUUGGAUACGCUAACAGCAACUUUUCCACAGGGGCGGCAGCUCGACAUGCUCUCGGGUAUGCGGGUCUGUGUUCCCUCUGCAGCAACUAUAUUCGGCUCGUUGUGCCAUGGCUGUCGCAGCCCGUCGCGUUGUUCGCAAUUCCGUGGCAUUAGUUGGUCGCCCCGACUGAUCAGCAGGUGGAACAGUCGGGAUUCCGUUGACCUACCUACAGAGGAUAACCCACGUAUUCUCAUCACAGGUGGACUUGGUCAGUUAGGUGUGGGGCUUGCAGAAAUACUCAGGAAACUGUAUGGAACAGAAAACGUCAUCCUGUCAGAUAUUAAGAAGCCUCCACCAGAGGUGUACAGAAAUGGCCCAUUUGUGUAUGCUGAUGUGUUGGACUACAAGAACCUUAGAGAACUAGUGGUGAAUAACCGCAUCACUUGGCUGGUACAUUACAGUGCCCUACUCAGUGUUGUUGGAGAGGCCAAUGUGGCCCUGGCACGCAAGAUCAAUAUCACAGGACUUCAUAAUGUGCUGGACCUGGCUCUGGAAAGCUGCUUACGUCUGUUUGUCCCCAGCACCAUCGGUGCCUUUGGCCCUACUUCUCCCCGUGAUCCCGCACCCGACCUGUGUGUCCAGAGGCCUCGCACCAUUUAUGGGGUGUCCAAAGUGCACGGUGAACUGAUGGGGGAGUAUCUUCAUCACAAGUAUGGACUGGAUUUCCGCUGUCUACGCUAUCCCGGUGUCAUCUCAGCUAACACGCAGCCCGGGGGAGGAACAACAGACUAUGCGGUCAAGAUUUUUCAUGACGCCCUCAGCACGGGUCACCACGAGUGCUACUUGCGCCCUGACACUCGUCUGCCCAUGAUGCACAUCGGUGACUGCCAUCGUGCAACCGUAGAGUUCAUGCAGGCCCCGGAAUGCCAGCUGUCACUGCGCACGUACAACAUUGCCGCUAUGAGCUUCACCCCUGAAGAAGUGGCCACAGAAAUUCGAAAACACCUGCCCCACCUCAAGGUCACCUAUAACCCUGACCCUGUCCGCCAGACCAUUGCGGACAGCUGGCCGGUGAGGUUUGAUGACUCCAAUGCACGCAGAGACUGGGGCUGGAAGUCUACUUUCGGGCUCGAAGAGCUUGUUUCUGACAUGCUGAGCUCCAUUUAUGAGAAGAGGACCAACGCUGGACUGCCAGUCAGCUAGCAGGCCCCACCCACAGAGACUGUUCUACCACUCCAUAUUUCAUAAGUCUGCUUCAGCCUGGAUCUGCCAAUCACAACAGACUUUCUUUAACAGACUCUUCUGUCAGUUAAAGAAUGUUUUACCAAUAAACCAGGGACUGUUUUCAAGCCGGGAAUCUCCAACCAGAAACACUCGAAAUAAACUGACUGACAAACACGCACAUGUGCGUACACACACACACACACAUACUAAGUGAAUGGCAACAAGCACACACACUCUGAGCAGCCUUACUUUUUUGAGGAAACCAUAUUGUCAACUGUUGUGACUUUCCUCAGUUUCUGUUGUUUUAAUUGUGAUAGGGAGAAUUUAAUUAUCAUUACAGGGUUAGCAUGAGAUUCAAAUUGCUGGAGGGAAUAAGCUUUUUAAAUAUUAGUUUACAUAUAGUUAGAUAUUCUCCCGCCUUCAGUUUACAGAAUCUCGAGGGGUUGGAUUUCAUUUCCCUCUUGGCCUACUGCAUUGUCAGUGUAGUAUAGAGGACACAGUGAAACGAUACAGGAGCAAGAAGAGAUUUAGGUACACCUAUCGGGUACAAUAAGAAAUAAUACAUUUCACAACGUUUACACAAGACCUCCCUUUACAAAACAACUUCAGUACAUUUUCAAGCAGUGUUUAAUUUGUUAGUUAUUUUUAAAAAUUGCAGUGUACUUUUGA